UAGAUAGAAUCUCUUUCAAAUUUUCAAACACAUUUUCUAAUGGAUAUUUCACAGGUUUAAUACAACAGCAAAAUGGCCGAAAAUUCAAACACAUUUGCAGGUACACACGAGGUACAAGAAUGUCUUGCAGGUGAAAGUGAGGCUAGUCUAGCAGUUUACCGAAGUUCUUGUGAGAAAAAACCGGGUCAUGAAGGUUUUAUCCCAGUCAAGAGCUUCACCCUUGAUCAUCUCCCUGCUAAACAUCGUGACGAAGACCUGUAUAAACUGACUAGAGCUAUUGCUGACCUGACCGUCAGGGUUGCCGUGGAAUAUACAAGUCUAGCGAGACCAGAGCUAGACCCCCUCACCAAAGUUCCUUAUCCCUCCCACAACACCAGGGGGGCGAGUUCGUUGAGGACAGGGACGGGGAUGGUUUUCAAUGUGGACAUGUACUCAGAAGGAAUGGAAGAGUUGGACGAUAAAAAAUACCGUACUUGUCCAUGUCCUGAAUGUGACCACUCGGCUUCACCAAGCAAGGUAUGGUGGGAGAUUAAGGUCAUGACAGCCAGACAUGUGGUGUUUGAUGACAGUGAGGCGAGACAGUCCAGAUGUAGGUUGUGGUUUGAUGAAGACUAAAGUCCAAAUAUCGUAGUUACUGGAAUGAAAGUUGACGCUCCCGAUACUGAAGGAGAUGUGUGUGUUUUCUAUUGUGCGACUCACGAUUCACAGAUUGCCAGAAAGCUGGAGGAGAUGGUCAAACACUUUGCUGAUCUUCGCUACAACAUCAGCAACGAAUAUGGAAGCAUA